UUGUUCACUUGAAAACAGAAACGGCGGGUCCGCAACCUGCUGUUAGCACCGUGACGGCGGCCCGCUGCUUGUGAUGUCGGAGGUUGGACAGGAGGUUUUCUCAUGGCACAAUAAUGUAGUCCACUCAGUGGUGUCUUUUAUGUUCACGGUCAACGCUGCUUCCAACUAUCUCCGGACAUUCAGGGGAACCUCAGACAAUGCCAGUCAACGGGAAAGUCAUCCCCAACACCCCGCUGGCCGUGGACUUCUGGCAUGUGCGGAAGUGUCCAGACACUCGGAUGUUUUUCCUGUCGCACAUGCACAGCGACCACACGGUGGGGUUGACCUCCACCUGGAGCAACCGGCCCAUCUACUGCUCAUCAACUACCGCCGCUCUGCUCAGACUCAAGCUGCAGGUGAAAGAACAGUGGAUCCAUCCAUUAGAGCUGGAUGCGCCUUACCUGUUGGAGCUGGAUGACAUCGGCAAGGAGAAGCUGAUGGUCACACUGAUAAACGCCAACCAUUGUCCAGGGGCUGUCAUGUUUCUCUUCGAAGGAUACUUUGGCUCCAUACUUUACACUGGUGACUUUAGAUAUUCUCCCUUCAUGUUGCGUGAGCCGUGCCUCAGGACCAACGCCAACAUAGAUGUCCUGUACCUAGACAACACCAACUGCGACCCCAACCGCACCCUCCCCUCCAGGCAGCGAGCCACUCAACAAAUCAAAGAGAUCAUCGGCAGACACAACAACCACAAAGUUGUCAUUGGCCUCUACGCGCUUGGAAAGGAGUCCCUGCUGUUGGAGCUGGCGCUGGAGUUUAAAACGUGGAUCGAGGUGAGCUUUGAGAGGAUGGAGACUCUCAAAGUGCUGGAGCUGCCUGACGUCUUCACCACUGAACCGGGAGCCGGUCGUAUCCGAGCCGUGGAGCAGUCAGAGAUUUGCUCGGCCGCUUUAAACCGGUGGAACGAAGAACAACCCACUUUGGCCAUCAUUCCCACCAGCAGGCCGCUGGUCUCUUUCCACCCCGACGUCCAUGUGGUGCCAUACUCUGACCACUCCUCUUACCAAGAGCUGGAGGAUUUUGUCUCUGCACUUAAACCUUCUUCCCUUAUACCCAUUGUAGGAAACCAUCUACCGAUAUGUUUCUCUGCCUCACUGCCCAGCAAGAAGCGCCAUGAAUUCCUCGUGCCCGAGUCAGUCCGACACUUCAUGUUGAGACGGCCUGAGAGCCAACUCUGCUCGCCCUCAUACACCAGCCUUCGACGCAGAUGUUUACGACCACUUGAUCCCAGAGGGGUGGUCUUUGAGUCUCCUGAAAGGGGAUCCGAGAAGUCACGCAAAGAAUCCUCGGAGGCCGAGUGCCGAGAGCAGGAUGCUUCUGAGGAAGAGAGAGACACAGAGAGUAGUGAAAAGGACUCCGACUGCAUCCUUGUUGACCCGAGCGAGGACCUCACCCCCAACAAAGACAGAAGAGGGACUGGAGGUUUGUGGAGCCUCAAUAUUGUCCAAACGGUGUCUGAAGAUAUGAUAAUGGAUGAGUCGGUGCCUUUCAGUCAACUCAGCCAGAGCAACUUUGCUCCAAUGGAGAUCCUGACGAACACCCAGGCCUGCUUGAAGUCUGUCAGGAAGACCAGAGGGCCUUCUGAGAGCAACGCCAAAAUAAUCAACAACUCCGUUUCAAAUGAAAAGCACAGCAGCGAGCGUAGCAGACUCUGUAAUCUUCAGAACGACGACACGUUGUCAGGGAGCGGUGGCGUGAGUCGGCACGGCGGGCAUGGCGUUGACCAGGACUGUGACAUCAUGUCAAAUGACCAACUGAACAACGUCGUGACAACAUUGCAGAGCAGCCUCAAUGAUUCCUGCUCUUCAUCAGGCUCGGAGACUGAGGUCAAGCAGAAGUAUUUAGAGGAGCUUGAAAGACAGAUGUUAAAGGCUUUCACCUUCACCGAGGAGGACAUGAAGGGGCGUGGCCUCAUGGAGCAGAGCUUUGUGCAGCGGUUUCCUCUUUCUCCUGUCUGUAAGGCACAAGAAGAUGACAGCUCAGAUGAAUAAUGUGACCUGGCAUCCACGGUGUUGCCUUGCUUAAACCUUUGUUUGUGUUUUAAAGAAGAGCAUUUUAAAGGCAACACGUAUAAUGUUGUAUGUGGAGUUUGGAUCGGUCUCCAGAGCUGACCUGUGAAGUGAACAACCUUUGCUCCCACCUUUCAUCAUGAUAACUUUGGCUUUGUCUGUAUGCCAGGGCUGCUUUUUUUCCGUUAAAAAAAGAAAAGAUAAUUGUUUAUUUUGUUCCAAUGUAAGAAACUAACCAGUGACCAUUUAUUGACAUGUUGAUAUGUGGUGGGCUGAUGCACAGCUUCCAGGAUCUGUAAUGGAUGUUUGUAACUUCACAUUUCCACAAAGAUAGACCAGUAAGCUUGUUUACUCUUGUUUGUUUUCAGCCUUGAGAACCACCUGUUUCGUAACAGCGGUUGCUUUCAUGUUCUUUAUUUUGAAGAGUUGAAAAUUUAAUUGUGAUUUUUGGUAUCAUCUGUAUUUUUGGGGGGAGUCUAGAGGAUAUACUUUAUAAUGAAUAAUGUUUGAGAAGACACUGUUAACAAUAAAGUGUUUUCCUAUAUAUCCUUAA